UCCGCGUGGUCUUCGGCGCCGUCGGUCACGUCAAGUGUUUGUUUGUUCCUAAUAAACGUGUGUGUCUAUCCGUGUGAUAGAAUAUUAUACUAAGACACGUAGCAACGCAACGCGGUGGGAAACUCAACCACGAGAGAUGCGCUCGCACCCCGACGCUCGUCGCGCCCAAGUCGCGCUGCUCUCGUUCGUCGCAGUUUUCCUGAUGCAAAGCCUCAUCGUGGCGUCGAUCGAGCCGAACGUGACCGGCGACAUAGCGGAGGACGACAUGGAGGAACUGCUGACGAAUAUGAACCUCACGACGUUCAAGGAAAGAUACCGGAGAUUGAUACCGUACGUCAACUUUUUCGUGGCUAACAAUUACUUGCAAAACCAGGCGGUGCUCGCGCAGAACUACGCGAAGGAACUUCAGGAUAACGACCUGCCGCAGCAACAAGCUGCUCUGUUAUCGCGAGCGAACGGUAACAUCUACCGUGUCACCUCGCCCGGUCAGGAUAAGAAAUUCAUCCCCUCCGUGCAGUUCGAUCCGAGAAACAUCGGCGGUGAUAACGACUACUUCGCGCCGGUCAAAUACAACGCUAGGAUCAAUUACGAGGAUUAUUCCACCCCGUCUUAUCAGAUCUAUCAACUGCGUAAAACAUACCCCGAGAUUACCACCGCCAGCCCGAUCCCGCUCAAGGAGAAUCGAUAUUAUAUUCCCGCAAGACCGUUGCUGCGACCGUCCGCGAGCGUGAGAGAACAUCUGAUCCAAAAACCGUCAGUCGGCAACUCUCAGAUAGACUACAACCAUCAGGAUUAUACGAAAACAAAGCUGCUCGCAGCUGUCAAUUAUCCAAAUAAGGGAUUCGAAGGGCUCAGAUAUAUCCCGGCGCCUGCGGUGCACUCGAGCGCGCAGCAACAACAAUCGAUGAAACCGUCGACCGUAUCGCAGAACUACCGAAAGCCGAAUGUGAAUCUGAAUAGCUUGAUCGAGAGCUUCAAGCUGUCCGAGCGGCUGCCGGAACGCCUGAACAAAAACAACCUCGACAGCAGCGUACAAACGCUCGUGGAGAUUCUCAAAAUCUUGCACAAUUCGCGACAGGAAAACUUUCCGCAAAGGGGACCGCAAUUACCGCCGCCCGUCGCGUCGUCCAGAUUAACUGGCCACGUCGACUUCAACAAACCUAAAACGCGACCGAAGGUGAUCACCGAGACGAGAUUUCAGCUGACCCCGAGUCCUUUGAUAAUUACCGAGGAUCCCGACCGAUACAAGAUGGACGAUGACGUUCAGAUCAAGAGACCACCGCAAUCCGAUUACGUUGCAAAUCACGUGAAGAACGAAAAGGUGCACUACUACAUUCCUUACGUUCAGGAUAUUUCGAGUAAUCCCCAGCAGCACUUCGGACCGACCUCCGUGCCCGACAAAUCCGUCGAAAACUCGUACGAGGUUACUCAGGAAGACGAUAUCCUGCAAGACGAACAAUAUAUCCCGCCCAUCUCGACCGAAGCGUCCACGAGUCACGAAUACGCGGCGCCGAACGAACUCACGCGUCCCGAAAAAAAACCAAAACCAUCCGUGAAGUACGGCGCGACACGUGGAAAACCUCACGUGGACUAUCCCGCGUACGCGAUCAUACCGGAAACCAAUUUCAGUUGCAAAGAUCAAAGGUACAAGGGAUUCUUCGGCGAUCCGUCAACCGGAUGUCAAGUGUGGCACUACUGCGAUCUAAACGGUGGCAAAUCGUCAUUUUUAUGCCCAAACGGCACGAUAUUCAGCCAGAUAGCGCUAACUUGCGAUUGGUGGUUCAACGUCAAAUGCGAAACAACCACUCAGCUGUAUGUGCUGAACGAACGGCUGUACAAAUACAUCUUACCAAUUAUGCCGAAAUUUCCCGAGGACUUUACCGGACCGGAAGUGGAUCGAUACUUGGAACUCAAGUUUAAAGAGAUGGAGGCAAAACUAAAGGAAAAGAAACUGAAGAAACAGCAGGAGGACAAAGAUAAACAUAAAGGCAAGCCUCAGACAACGGACGACGACCACGACCACGACCACGACGACGACGACGACGACGAAUAGUAAAAAUUGUUUGCGCUAUUAGACAAUAAUGAAUAAAAUAUUUAAACUUAACGUAUGAUGUGUACCAUGCGCGACUUGUUGCCAUCACAAUGUACGAAUUAUCUCGCGGAAACGAAAAUCGUCGGCAGGUUUUGCCACCGAACCUUGCGACGCGCGGAGUCAUACAUAAAAGUGCAAUAUUUACAUGAUAGUAUUGCGUAAUUCUAAUGAUAGGGAAAAAACACAUUUAUAUGACGCGUAAAGUAAGUUAAAUUAUAUAUAUAUAUACAUAUUAUAUCACAGUCUGUGCAUACGGGUAUAAAAUGGCUGAUGAGAUUUUAGUAUUUACGUCUCUCUCCCUGCUAGUCAUACAUGUUUGUGUGUUUAUACAUCGUGCUUGUGGGAAAAAUCAACGAAUUGUUUAGCCAUGUAUCCAUAAAUAAAAAUUCAACUAGAAAUUACUUUGCGUAUAUAUAAACUAUUAAAAAAAAAAAAUGUACUUUGAAACAUCAAAAUAACUACGUAUUUGCGCUACGACAGAGCAACAAACGAUCUAUACAUUGUUUUCUACGUGUACCUAAUACUUUGUUGAAGUGUUAUCGCACAUUUAUUUAUAUGUAUAUAAACGUACGUCGCGUUGUAAACUGUUUCGCCAUUUGUCUGACAAUAAGCAACAUA